AUCGUUUUCUAGCUAGAUUAGCAAACAGACCGUUGAAUCCGAUAUCUUGGGGGUUUUAAGGAGACGUAAAACAUUUACAACCUUCGUAGAUCAAUAGAUACACCAUCAACAUAGCAAAGUCAUACUCCUUCCAUUGACACGAUAGAAGUGAUAUCCCGAAACGCCGGAAACCCGAGACAAAGAAUUCUAGUAUAGUAAAUUUAACACUGUGGUUACCAUGGAGGAGGUACGGCCUAGGCACACCAUUGUUAGCAGGAACUCAUGGAAAACAGUUCGUACAAUCUUGAGGAGGAUAAGAACAAAAUCGGGAUCAAGUGAGAGAUCAUACUCGAAGGUAAUACAGGGCAUACAUAAAGGUUCGACACCGACAACAACAACGGACGACUCAGCCAAUGUUUCGGUCGCCGAAUUAUCGGAGCCCAGGGUACAAAAGGCCCUCGUCGUCGCUCGCAAAGGCGAAUACGAGAUUCGACAUGACUUUCCUAUGCCAACGGUCGGAGACGAUGAGAUUAUGAUUCGGAGCCAUUAUGUCGGCCUAAAUCCCAUUGACUGGAAAUCCGUGGAUUAUAACUUCUGUUUGCCGGACUUUCCUUGGGUUACCGGCCGCGAAAUGUCCGGAGUAGUAGCUCAAGUUGGGUCGGGUGUUACAACAUUUAAAGAAGGUGACACAGUGUGGACAAGCACGUACUAUAAGGAUGUUCGGGCUGGCUGCUUCCAGGAAUACGUCGUCGUACCAUCACAUACGGUCCUGCAUGUCCCAUCGAGAGUCCCUUUUGAGGCUGCUGCAAGUCUGGGAGUUGCAGCAUUAACAGCAUCUAUGACGUUAUGGAAAUGGCUAGGCGUACCAAACCCGGAGUCUGCCACAGACGACGCUGAAGAACAAUGGCUUCUAAUAUGGGGUGGCUCUACCGUAACAGGGCAAUUCGCUACACAAAUUGCGAAUUUGAGUGGGAUUAAAGUGAUAACAGUCAACUCAACCGAGACGAGAGCGUUGUCGGAGCGGUUAGGUGCGAGUCACGUUGUUGUGCGGGACGGGAAGACAGAUGAGCAAGUAGUAGCCGAGAUCCAAUCCGUAACUAGCGGUAGGAUUACGCGGGCAAUCGACUUAGUGGGGCCUAAUACGGCAGCUUUGGCAUUAAAUUCCGUUUCGAAAGAGGAGCCCGUGGCUUUUGCACCAUUAGCCAUGAUGUCAAGCUCUCAAAUAGUACCGGACAAUGUUGUGGUACAUACUGUCGAAAUGAAGCAAUUCGUCCUUGAUAAGAGCAACGUCCGUUAUACUGAAGAGCUUGGAAAGCUGUUAGAGGAGGGAAAAAUCGUUUUACCUGAGUUACACCUGAUAGAUGGAGGCUUACACUCAGUUCAAGGGGGUUUGGAGAUGUUAAAGAGAGGAAACUUGAAGGGCAAGAAACUGGUGGUCCGGAUGUGA